AAAGCUAAAGGCAUCAUCUUUCUCAGAACACAGAUCCCUAUGGAGUCCAGGAGUGUGGAAUUUAUCCAGCAUUUGUUUGGUGGGAACUCAUUCCUUUUGCUUAGUUUAAAGGGACUACUUGUGUUCUCCCCAGUGCUUUUGCCAUGCUCCUCCAGGGUGAGAAUGUGAGACAUAAGGAAAAUACGCAUACAUACAUAUAGAUUUCCACCAUGAGAACUCACUUGGGUUUGAACACAAAACCCCAAGUCUCAUAUGGUGGAAAACAAAGAAGGGAUGGGUAUGAUUAGUGUACCCUCCAAUGAUUGAGCUGCCUCUCCUUGGGUGUUGCUACAAUCUCUUUGUAGUGUGAGGGAGGAGGAUGAAGUCCAUGAACAAUAAUAGCUGGUUGGGUUUUUCUCUCUCCCCCCACAUGAGCAUGGAGGUGUCUGGUGACCCACACCACCAACCAAGCAGUCAGAGCCAUCAUCACCAAUCUCAGCCCACACCUGCUGCUGUCUCUUGCAGCAGCUUCUUCCCCUCUCCUCCUCACUUGAACGGCUCUGAUAUUUGUUACGAGGUUGGAGAGAAUGGAGGAUUCUAUUCUCAGCUAUCUUCCAUGCCACUCAGGUCCGAUGGUUCUCUUUGCAUCAUGGAAGCACUUAGCAGGUCACAACGAGAAGGAAUGGUGCCAUCUCCAUCCCCGAAACUGGAAGAUUUCUUAGGCUGUGGUCCGAACAUGGGGACCCAUCAGUAUGGGAACAGUGACAGGGGAGCGAUGGCUUUAAGCUUAGAUAGCAUGUACUACCGCCAAAACCCAGAGUCUGAGGGCAACAGAGGUCAUCCUCUAGACCUCCUCCAACAACCAUUUAGGCAGCACAUUCAAGUGCAGCAGCAGCAGCAGCCGCCGCCGCCGCCUUCUCCUUACUUCCAGCCAUUGCCGGAAGGUAUGUGCUCUGUGCUCCCGGGCCAUGAGAUGUAUCAACCACCGCUGGAAGAGGAACAAAUGGCAGUUGAUGGGAUUCCGGGCUUGAAGAACUGGGUCUCCAGUGGCUUUAGUGGUGGCAACAAUGGUCUGGGUGGGGAAGGUGGUGUGGGAUCUGGUGGUUCUCUUGGUGCAAUGGGUUACAGCGACUUGCAGUCUUUAAGCUUGUCCAUGAGCCCUGGUUCACAGUCCAGUUGUGUUACAGCUCCCCCGCAUCUCUCUCCUGCUGCAGCAAACGACUACAUGGCUUUAGAUGGAAGUAAAAAGAGAGGGACUGGGAAAGGGGGGCAAAAGCAGCCUGUUCAUAGGAAAUCUAUUGAUACAUUUGGACAAAGAACAUCUCAGUACAGAGGUGUCACGAGGCAUAGGUGGACUGGUAGAUAUGAAGCCCAUCUUUGGGACAAUAGUUGCAAGAAGGAAGGCCAAACAAGGAAAGGAAGACAAGUUUACUUGGGGGGUUAUGACACGGAAGAGAAAGCUGCAAGAGCCUAUGACUUGGCAGCCCUCAAAUACUGGGGAGCUUCGACGCAUAUCAACUUCCCGUUGGAAGAUUAUCAAGAAGAGCUCGGAGAUAUGAAGAACAUGAGUCGACAAGAAUAUGUUGCCCACUUGAGAAGAAAAAGCAGUGGGUUCUCACGAGGAGCUUCCAUGUACCGAGGAGUAACGAGGCAUCACCAACAUGGAAGAUGGCAAGCCCGAAUUGGGAGGGUUUCAGGAAACAAAGAUCUUUAUCUUGGAACUUUUAGUACUCAGGAGGAAGCAGCUGAGGCUUAUGACAUUGCUGCAAUUAAAUUCCGAGGGGUGAAUGCCGUCACCAACUUCGACAUAACAAGAUACGAUGUCGAAAAGAUCAUGGCAAGCAGCACUCUGCUGGCUGCCGAACUUGCUAGGAGGAACAAAGAUGCUGAAUCUCUCAAUGAUGCUCCUCCUCUGGCCCAGAACAGCAACAGAGAGCUUAAUUUAACUGAAGAUAACAGUAGUGGUGGUUCUGAUUGGAAAAUGUCCCUCUAUCCAUCCCCUCAGCAAACAUCACCAAUCUCAGAAGAACAUAGUGAGAAACUGAUAUCAGGAGCUGAUGCAUUUAGUAACCCGUGCUACUCAACAAGCCUUCAUGGUCUUGUUGGCAUGCAUGCAGAGGGUUCAUCCCAUCUAUCCAAUCCUUCGUCAUUGGUUCAUAGCUUGAGCAACUCUAGGGAAGGGAGUCCUGAUCGUAGUGGUCUCUCCAUGCUCUUUGCCAGGCCCCCACGGAAGGUCAUUAAUUCUACUUCAGCGACUUCAUCAAUUCCAUCGACCCAGCUACGUUCUGCGAUGUCCAUGGCUCACAUGCCAGUGUUCGCUGCUUGGACUGACUCUUAAACCUCCGUUAUCAUGGCAGCAACAAGGAAACGGGAUGAAGGUGAAAGCAAGCGGUGCAAGAAAAGGAAGGAGGUGGUAUUGUUCGUAGUGGAGAUUAGUGGUGCAUGAGGUCUAAAGGUCGAGCGGGCCUCUGUCCUUUUCCUGUGGUUUUGGUGGUUUAAACUUGUCUUUUGGGCCACCUGGGGAAGGGUUUUGACAUGUGGGGCCUAAAGGUUUAAGGCAACGAUUCCACUUUAUCUGUAUGAAAUGAUGUUGGUAAUUUGGGUGGUCUA